AUGGCUCCCGCCUCUCCGACUCCCCGUCGAACGCCCACCGGCCGGCGCCGAGGGCGUCCGCCUGGCUCGACCAACGCUGCGCGUGCCGCCAGACAGGCCUCCCUCGCCGCCGCUGCCGCCUCGGAACCACCCCAGAAGCGACGUAGAUAUGUGCCCGGCGGCCCUGGGGGCGGAGGGCGGUAUCUAGACGCCGACUCCAUCCAGACGCCCGACACGGCCCGCACCACGACGGGCUCGCGUUCCCGGACCUCGGCGGCCCGGCUUGCCCUCAACGGCGCCUCGCCCUCCAUGCCCCCGCGGCGGGAGCGGAGCACGCGAGCCCGGGCUGCUGCCAACGAAGACAGCGACGAGAUGCGAUGGGGGACUGCCGCCGCCAUGGCUGCCUCUGUCAAGCAGGCCGAAGACUAUAAGCCCCGCGAGGAGCGCAGCUGGGAGGAGUUCCAUCCGAAUCUUGAUAUCGACCUGCCCUUUGUCAUCUUUGCCGCCCACGACGUCGACGGUGUCGCCGUGCACGAGGCGCCCAACACGCCUGCGGUGGAUGCGCCGCUGCCUGCCACGCCGCACCUGGACUCCAUGACGCCGUCCAAGCCCGUCAACCCGGCCUCGACGGGCAACACGCCCAACCCGCAGGCAGCGCGCGGUCCAGACGGCGACAUUGACGACUCAGCCGCCGGAACCCCGUCAUCGAGGCGCCCUCGCCGAUCCACCCGCGAGGUUGUCAGUUUCUACAACGUCCGACCUCUCGACCUUGCUCCCACGCCCAAAACCCCCAAGAUCCUCCCCAUCCAGAACCAGACACCAAAGGAGCGGCUCGACCUCAAGCUGCCUUCGUAUAGACGGACCAACCGCAUCGAGUUGUUUGAGAGCAAGACUUUUGGCCAGGCACGCUAUGUGGAUAAGGCCAUGAGCAAUGUGGGCUACCAGGAAAGCGACAACUU